CUGGAUCAGCCCUUCAAGCUGUAUGUGGACGCAAGCCACAUUGGUGCAGGUGCUGUUCUAGUCCAAGCUGACAAGCAAGGUACUGAACAUCCAGUUAGUUUCUAUUCCAAGAAGUUCAACUCCCAUCAGCUGAAUUAUUCGGUCAUUGAAAAGGAAGCUUUGGCAUUAGUUUUGGCCUUGCAGCAUUUCAGAGUAUAUUUGGAUUCUGCUCGGCCAAUUGAGGUAUCUUCUGACCAUAACCCUCUCACUUUCUUGAACUCAUUGCAGAACGCAAAUCAGAGGCUCAUGCAUUGGCUCUCUUUUUGCAGCCUUACACUUUGGACAUCAAGGGCAAAGAUAAUGUCUUGGCAGAUGCUUUGUCCCGUGCCCCUUUGUAACCAGCAGCUUCACUCCUCAUAUGCUUUGAAGUAUGUCCUCUCCAGUAUCGUUUUCCUUCCUCUUAAAUUGCUCCUAGGUACCAAGGUUGCUGAGGUUGGAAAUGUGCUGAAGAUGGAAGGACUUUGAGCAUGCAGAAAGGUGUUGCGUGGGUGUACAUAUGUUGGACAUUAAUCUCUACAUGUUCUUCUAGCUGCAAAUUCAUAAUGUACAUGAUUGUGUUUGUCGACUCAGGGUGAAACUCUGUUCUAUGGGGGGAGUGUGACAGCCAGUGGGCUGGCCUUUUGUUUUGCUUUUUCUGUUACCUGUUUCUUGCAGGUAGGUGGAGCUGACCCAAUUAUAGAUGCAGCACACCUGAGAAGGCCAGUCCCAGUGUAUAUAAGGACACCUUGACUGAACCAUGGGCGGCUGUCUCCAUCCAUCGUGUUUAUUUGAGGCUUCAGUUAUGGCUGUUAUAUCAUUUCAAUUGUGUUUCAGUUUCUUCACCUUAUUUUCAUUAAAUAUAUCGUACAGCCUUUAAAAGCCUGUGUGUGGUCUCCCACUUGCUUGUCAUUUCCUUUGAGCUGGGUUGUGACAGACCCGACUCAAAGACAGACAUUUUCCAAUACAGUAAGAGACAGUCAAUCGAACGGCCUCUGUGCUGGUGAAAUUCAGCAAUGCUCUGGGGACUCGUUCAGUGGAGUGGCUUUACAGAUAAAAGCUCCCAACAUAAAGAAAAAUGGCAGCAAGGAACUUGAGCUGAAGACUGAAGAUUGAGGGGAAAUGUGUUUAUUGCAGAAGAUCAAGCACAUACCUCAGAAUUACUUUGGCUAUUUUAUUUCUAUCCCAUAGCUUUAAAAUUCUUUGGAUGUUCUUUGACAUCACACAUGACAUGAAAUACAAGCAGAUUCUGGAGUGGCUUAAAUGAUUUGAAUUACUAACUACACUGUAUUUUUACACACCAGUGCUGGAGCUCCCACAGAUCCCACGAGGCAGGUCAAGUUUGGCUUGAUUAAACACCGGGGCAUCACAUCCACUAAACAUUCUCAGGAUAAUGUUCAAACUGUUCAUCACCUUUAUGAUAUUAACUAGAAUGCAGAAUGUUACUAUGGUGCUGAUCAGCAGCUUCAUGAAACCAUAGGUAUUUGUAUCCAUUCUGUGAGGUCUUGUGGAUAAAGUCAAGUUAAUGACAAGGUGCAAUAACAAUUUUGGCAUCUAUGGUACAUGGAUGUGGUGCUUCUGGCUCCCCAUAUACAGUAUGUAUGGUCAACCGAUUUGGCUCAGUGUGACACUCUUCGUGUUCAAGCCCAUAGUUUCAGAGAUUCAUUCAUUCAUUGUGCAACAGCUGCUAAUAUUUUCACUGUCUGCAGAACUGGAGGGCUCUUAAUCUUCACAUGAGUUCAGAGUUCAGCUGGCACAGCGAUUUAGAAUAUUUUACCUCAUGAGGGUAUAUUAAAUUUAGUCUAUGGUAUUCAGAAAGUAAACAGUACAAGGACUGUGUUUGUUGGGCCAAAACCACAAAAGAUGUUCUCCUUGAUGAGGAGGAGUUGAUACAACCCCUCUUCUCUGACUCCGCCCACCUCUGCACUGCUGCUUGAGUUUGGUCUGAAGUUCUGCUGACAACUCCGACUCUAGACGAUAUGAAUAUAACAGUGCUGAAAAAAACAAAAAACAGAGUCUCUUCCACCAAAUCCAAUAUUUACAUUUUUUAUUAGAAAUGGUCAACACCUGUAACAUAUCUGACUCAACUUUGCAUGUUUCCUGCAGGUGAAGGGCUGCUCAUCAUUGGAGGACACAAAGUAGAAAGCAUGAGUGAGUCACUAAUGUCUUUGUUUCAAAUCCUGCUAAAGAUAAAGUCUUCAUUUGAAAUAUAAAAAUAAAUGAAUAAUACAUAAUAUAUGUCCAGGUAUUUUAUGAGGAAACACAAUUAUUAUUUAAAUAUCCCACAUAUUCACAUAGGAUGGUCCUUGAACAUGUAUCAUCUUUAGCUUUUUUUAGGAUUGAUCUACUAUGAGACUUCAGUCUGAUUUGAUGGCAGAUUAUGCUUGUUCCCUUGCUCUUAAAGAAGUUCCCUCUAAAGACCCCUAAGAGUUUCGUUCCAGAAGUAGUACAGUACACACUUUAUUAUUCGUGUUAGACAGCAGUAAUCCUGUCCCUGUCCUGUGUAAGCCCAGUGUUCCUCCAGCGUCACUUCCAGGAUAUUUUUGGCCAAAUAUCCAGAAUUUACAAAGUAAUUAGAAUACAAUUUCUGUUAAAUAAGAUAACAUUUUAAGCAUAAUAGUCUGAAAACAGAAGGGGAGAUUAUGGGUUUACUCCACAUUUGUUCAGAUGCUGCUGACUCUAAUCUCUGGUAACCACAUUUCCUUAAAACCUUUGCUACAUAUAUAUAUAUAAGGUGAAUCCUGCAUUUUAUAGGAAUGUUUUCUGUACGUAACACUGGACAGAGUAACCUAUUAAGCUGUUGCGUGAGGAUGUUAUAAAUGAAAAUUGGCACCAAGUUUGGCUUUGUUGACCGGGCCUUGUGAUGUGUGCCCCCAGACUGUUUAUGUAGGUUUUCAGUCAUCCAGGUCGAAGCAGUGUAGGGACAACCCCCACGAGGGUUUAAACACCUAUGACUCUCCACCAUUGGGUUUUAGAAAUGAAGAGGCCUCUUGGAUGAGCGGUGAAAUGUCUUCACAAAACUGAAAGUCACUUUCUUUCCAAGCUCCUUUUACUGUAUUCAAAAUAUAAAAUCAUUCCGAGAAAGACUUCAGGAAAGAUACAUAGUGAGUAAUGUAUAAUGAGAUACAUAUUAAGCUUUCCAUGUUAAAGAAAGUAUUAAAUGUUAACAAUCUACAUCCACAAGAUAAAGCAAUCUCUAAAUUUUCCAUUUACAAGAUCCUUCAACAAAGGCAUAGUGAGUUACUCUUUCUGGGCACUGCAGGUUCAUGCAGCGUUAAGGAAAAUCAGAACCGGGACAACCACGUCUCCAAAGAGCGAAUUGCAGCUGAGGCUGUUCAACUCCCCAGUGGGAAUGCGAGGCAUGGGAGGAAACGUCCCUUAGAAGAAGGCAAUAAUGGGCAUACCAAUUCCAGGUACAGGCCCAGGAAGCGUAAGAAAGUCCCUCGGCCCAUACCGCCCAAAAAUGCUCUUAUGCAGCUGAACGAGAUCAAGCCAGGGUUGCAGUAUAAACUCCUCUCUCAGACUGGGCCGGUCCAUGCACCAGUCUUUGAGAUGACCGUGGAGGUCAAUGGGCAGGUUUUUGAAGGUCUGGGUCCUACCAAGAAGAAGGCUAAGCUGAGUGCAGCAGAAAAGGCACUGUGCUCCUUCGUCCAGUUUCCUAAUGCAUCGGAAACACAUGCUGCCAUGGGCCGGACCCUGUCUGCUCACACGGACUUCACCUCGGACCAUGCCAUUCCAGAUAUGCUCUUUAGUGCAUCGGAGACAUUCAACCCCACAGAAGACACUUUUUACCUUGGUUCCAAUACCAGUUUCUUCAGUUCACUGGGAAUAGAGUACCUAUUGCCAUCCUCUCCUGUCCCAAACCUGGCACAGUCUCCCUUACCUCCAGCACCCUCCGCCUUCAUCUCCCUAACAGCCGGCAAGAAUCCUGUCAUGUUUCUCAAUGAGGUGCGGCCAGGCCUCAAGUAUGACUUUGUGUCAGAAAGCGGGGAGAGUCAUGCCAAGAACUUUGUCAUGUCGGUGACGGUAGACUCUGAGAAUUUCCAGGGUUCUGGGCGCAAUAAGAAGCUGGCCAAGACUCGGGCUGCCCAAGCUGCUCUGUCUGCUCUCUUUAAGAUACAGCUGGACCAGACACCAUCACGACAGCCAAUACCCAGAGAGGGACUGCAGCUUCACCAGCCACAGAUCCUGGCAGAUGCAGUCUCUCAUCUAGUUAUUGAUAAGUUCAGCAAACUGACGGAUAACUUCAGGGCUCCACAUGCUCAACGGAAAGUCUUGGCAGGUGUUGUCAUGACAGCAGGUGCAGAUGUGAAGGAGGCUCAGGUCAUCUGCGUAUCCACAGGGACAAAGUGCAUCGGUCGUGAAUACAUGAGUAACCGAGGUUUGGCCCUCAAUGACUGCCAUGCAGAGAUUGUAGCUCGUCGGUCUCUCAUUAGGUUCCUGUACUCCCAGCUGGAGUACUUCCUCAGUAACAGUGAAGAAGAACAUCAGAAAUCCAUUUUUAUGCGGUGCGAUAACAGUCAAGGCUUCAGAGUAAAGGAAAAUGUCCAAUUCCACCUGUAUAUCAGCACCUCCCCCUGUGGAGAUGCUCGCAUCUUUUCACCUCAUGAAGGCGGAGUGGACGAUCAGGGAGAUGGACAUCCCAACAGAAAGGCCCGUGGGCAGCUGCGCACUAAAAUUGAGUCUGGUGAGGGAACCAUACCUGUGCACUCCAGUAACACCAUCAAGACAUGGGACGGUGUUCUUCACGGAGAAAGGCUGCUUACCAUGUCUUGCAGCGACAAGAUUGCAAGAAAAAUUGGUGGAGAGUACCAGAUUUUAAGCCCUAUGGGAGUGUCCCCCCAAGAAGGUCAUGGACCCCCUUAUGAUCGACUACCUAAUCACACGAGGCAAGGUGUGAAAAUCGACGUGGGUCACAAUCAGCUAAGGUUUCGGGUGGACCUACUGUGA